AUGGCGAGUAAUUCAUUUCUUAACGUAAAUACCGAUUUAUUUCUCAGUGAAGAACAAGAACUUAUUAAAAAUGAUAUGAUUGAUAAAAGUGAUAAAAUAGAAUAUGAACCAGAACAUUGUAUAAUGGAACAUGUAGCUGUUAAAGAAGAAAUACUUGAAGAAACUGAUGAAAUAGAAUAUGGCUCAAUUAAUAAAGGACAUCAUACAAUGGAACAUGUAACUGUUAAAGAAGAAAUACUUGAAGAAACUGAUAAAAUGGAAUAUGACUCAAUUAAAAAAGAACCAAGUACAAUGAAACACGUAGCUAUUAAAGAAGAAAUACUUGAAGAAACUGAUUCUAUGAUGGAACAUGGAGCAAUUAUUUUAAAUGACCCGUUAAAAUUAAAUACUGAAUCAAUUAUUAAGAAUGAAACAUUUGGCGAAAACGUUUUAGAAUAUCAUAAGAGUAAGAAUGAAGAAAAAUCUUUGACGUGUGAAAUUAGCGACAGAACAUUUAACAGUAAGCAAAAUUUGAAUGAACAUGAAAAAACGUCUACAGGCGAAAAACCUUUUUCAUGUGACGUGUGUGAUAAAACAUUUACGCUGAAAUGCAAUUUAGUGACACAUAAACGGAAUCAUACUGGAGAUAAACCUUUUUCGUGUGAAUUUUGUGAUAAAACAUUUGCUCAAAAAAGCGUUUUAAUUAAACAUAAUCGAAUUCAUACCGGAGAAAAACCCUUUUCAUGUGAAGUGUGCAAUAAAUCAUUUGCUGAGAAAAGCUAUUUAAAUCGACAUAAACGAACUCAUACUGGAGAAAAACCUUUUUCAUGUGAAAUAUGUGAUACAACUUUUACGUUGAAAUGCAAUUUAAUUAAACAUAAUCGAAUUCAUACUCAUACAGGAGAAAAAUAUUCAAGUCACAUAUUAUAG